GGGGGGGGAGGGGGUUUUGACCUCUGGAAUGGCCGACUCAUAUGCAUAGGGGGAUCAGAUAAUAGAUUUGUAUGGAAGUUUCCAUUGCACUAAUCCCCACUUAUCAACCACUCUUAUAACCUUUUAUAUAUCAAAAUCACACUUUACCGGAACGACCAACAAACCAAGUGAAAAGCUAAUGUCUAAAUUCUCAAAGAUGGGUUUGGUUAAAGUUUCUUCCUUUCUCGUGGUGAUUCUAUUUCUCAUCAAUGGUGCUUCCUCCACCACUUUUACGGUCGUUAACCAAUGCAACUACACCGUCUGGCCAGGACUUCUCUCUGGCGCCGGAACCGCUCCCUUAUCCACCACCGGUUUCUCUUUAAACCCGUCCGAGUCACGAGUUAUCUCCAUACCUGCCUCCUGGUCCGGCCGCAUAUGGGGUCGCACGCUAUGCAAUCAAAACGCCACCACCGGGAAGUUUACUUGCGUCACAGGCGACUGCGGCUCUUCCCAAAUAGAAUGCUCCGGCGCCGGAGCCAACCCUCCGGCCACACUAGCCGAAUUCACACUCAACGGCUCCGACAAUCUUGAUUUCUUCGACGUCAGCCUUGUGGACGGUUACAACGUCCCCAUGAUGGUCGUUCCUCGCGGCGGAGCUAAUGGAGUCGGUAAAUGCAACGCCACGGGAUGCGCGGCUGAUCUCAACGGCGUUUGUCCUGCUCAGCUGAAAGUAACGGUUGACGCAGUGGCUGUGGCGUGCAAGAGUGCUUGCGAAGCGUUUGGAACGCCAGAGUAUUGCUGUAGCGGCGCGUUUGGAACGCCGGACAAGUGUAAGCCGAGUGAGUACUCUGCUUUCUUCAAGAAAGCUUGCCCUACGGCUUAUAGUUAUGCUUAUGACGACGGUACAAGCCUCUUCACUUGCUCCGGUGCUGAUUACAUCAUCACUUUCUGUCCGCCUCCAAGCGGGAGUCCCAAACCGGAGGCAGUUAACGUUUCGGCCGCAGCUUCUCCGGCCGCGUCACCUACCUUCUCAGUUGCAUUCAUAUUAAGCGUUUUAGCUGUUUCGGUUUCUUGGGUGGGGAGUGAGCUUUGGUGA